AUGGCGCGGGUGGUGUCAUGUGAUGUUCACAUCUGGAUUCCGGCACCCUAUCCCGAACUAGGACUAGCGCUGGAUGUCCGGAAAGCACACAAGAUGCCUGUCACGCCUCUUGAUAUCAAGACAUGUCCUGGUCGUGGAAGACUUAGCUCAAGAGCAUUCUGUGGAAGGAAAAGCUACAAGAAUCUGAUUGACCUUCAUACCAGGCUAGCUUCGCACAAGAUACACCACUCUCACUCGCAUGACUUUGAAGACUAUAGUCAGGUAGGUGUGGAAAGAGGGUUUGAUCUGUUGCCUAGGCGUCACCAUAGUGAGAGAAUGCAUCUCAUGACCAAGCUGUACAGGCCUCUUACACAAGCAAUCACUCCGAAUAAUGUUCCACAUUGUCGUAACCCACACGCGAGAAACUCGAGAACGCAGCAAGAAUACAGCGGAGACCCUCUUUUGGUUUCGGAGUCUUCAAUACCGAGGAUGGAGAUAGCGUCGUCGGUCGAACGUUCGAAGCACGAUGUCCACAACCGCUGUUGUACCAGAGUUGCCGCUAAAGCGGCGACAGCUGGAGCGUUAUUAGCGGGCUUGCGGAGGAAUUUGAAUAAAAAUAGGCACACUGGCUUGUGCUACCGAGGGCGUCAGAUAUCAGGCACAGACGGGAUAAUCAAGAUGAGGAGCAACCCUGUCAUUUCAGGUCCAAGUACCGAAAGGAGGGUUAAGACUGUCGACAUCCACCUGUUCGUGGUGGCAGCGGACGAUCCUCGUGCCCUCCGGAUGCCGAGAUUGUUUGCUCUUCUCCUCCUGACGCGUGGCGGUGACGUUGUGGCUCAUCAGGCGCGGAGAAGCGACAGGACAAACUCCCGGAUUCCCCAUCCAUCUACUGGGACAUCGCAAGGGGCUGCUCGACUCUCCGAAGUCUCUCGUUUCCCCCUCAGCGUCUUCCGGACCCCUCCCUCUUUUCUCCCCCUCCCAAGGGACCCUGCAAUGAGGGUGCCGUUAACCCUUGCCGUUCAGCAUCACCGAGCCUUCGAAUGA